UUUUUAUUUUUGUCCAUCUCUAAGACCUCGAGGCGUGUGGUUUGUUUAUUUAUUUUAAUUUCUGAUAAGAAUGAAUAUUUUGACAAAAACAAGCUUUUCCAGCAGAGUGAGUUCUGUUUUAAACAAAGACGUUAAACAAUAUGGAAAGCAAUUUAUGUUCGAUACGAAUGAAGAUACCUCUUGGAGCUCAGACGAGGGAACACCCCAAUGGAUUGUCUUAGCUUUCGAUGAACCACAGAAUAUCAAUGGAUUUCGUUUCCAAUUUCAAGGCGGAUUUGCUGGUCAACAGUCGAAUAUGGUAAUGUAUUCAGCGGAUGGAGCGGAAAUUCACCAAGAGGCUUUUUAUCCAGAGGAUAUCAACUCUCCUCAGGAAUUUAAAAUUCAAAACACAGCCCAUGAUAAAGCUUGCUCCAAGAUAAAGUUCGUUUUCCAUUCCAGUACAGAUUUGUUUGGAAGAAUUAUUGUGUAUAAUUUAGAACUGUUAAGCUAAGCCCAAAUGUACUUAUCAAAUAAAUAUAGGAAAUGUUUUUGUUUCACCAUAUCA